UUCAACUUGAUAGCAUUUUGUGAAGACAUGAGGCUCACUCUACUUAUGAUUUUGAUUCUCAUCAAAAGGAAAUGUUACUCUAACAUCACUUUCCCUUUCCUUCCUUUACUUCAGUGUGCCAAAAAUUCAACAUUCCUGAAGGUAGGCAACCAGAUAUGAAGGUAUUUGACUAGUCUGACACAGAAGUUGACAGAGAGGUCUUUGAAGAAUUAGUGAAGGAGUCACCUGGAACCUUCCGAGUCAUGUUGAGCAAUGAAGAACUUGAUGCUUCUCUGUCAUCAUCAUGCUCAGCAGCAUCUGAAGAUACGAUCAUUCUGAACUUCACGAUGUGUGACCCUCCUGAAGAAGCAGCCGCUGCCCAAGGAAGUCAACCUAAAAGGCCAUGCCACAUAAUGGCUGAGUCAACUGUUGUGGCUGGGACAGUGACAUGUCCGCCAUCUUGCUGCUCCUUCAACUCUUGCCACCUUCUGCCCAGGGUAGGAAGAGACCAGGGAAGAGGUCUGCAAGUCAGCCAAAUUCAUAAAAGUUUUACCGACAAAGUGAAUGAUGUGCAAAACCUGAACAACAAGCAAGACAUCCAGGCUGCGGAAGAGUUGUUGUAUGCGUCACCCCCACAAAAUGCAGCCGCUGACAUCACCUCACAGAUGGGUGGAAAUCCUUCUGAUGGUCCGUUGAGGAACGUUGCAGCUGUGGUCUGGAACCCUGCUGUCUUUAACGGGGCUGAAGACAUCGUAGUGGUAAACGAUUCACAGGCAGGACAGGCAUCAACUAGUCGACCCGAGGCCGGACGUUCUCAGGGAAAGAAGGAGAACAUACCGCCUAUACGACAACCGAAGACUUCCAGGUCCCAGGUAAAGAGGUCGGAUAAACCAGCCGGGCGCCCGUCCUCUGCUAGCCGACCCGCUGCAGUUCCUCCGCCGGCAAAGAAGAGCAAAACAGCCGGCCGGAGGUCAGAUGCUUCCCGACCCAUAGCGAACCGUCCACAAGGAAAAAGAAAAAGAGACAAACGACCAGGACACUCGGGGCAAGAACCAUCCGGAGUUGGUAAGAAGUUUUUCUUUUAAAUCUAAUUAGUAGAAUCUACACACUGUUAUCCCUUCGCGCUUCAGCAUUCAAAUGAAAUACUAACUUUCUGUGGAUAGGGUCCAAGGCGGUGACGUCAGUGUUUUGUCGUGAGAUGAUGACGUGGCGUGUUCUCAUUGGCUUAUAGUACGAUCGCGAGGUGAUGACGUAGCGUGUUCUCAUUGGUUUAGAGCAUGAUACGUCAGAGCUCUCAGCUGAUCAGAAUGUCAAGAAGACACACAUGUGCAUGUGUGCUGGAAAGUGUUUGAUUUCGAGGUCUGUUCCAGCUAAAACAUCUGUUUUUAAAAAAAUUAUCUUGAAUGAUUCUAACCUAUAAAAUGUUACAUGCAACAGUUCCUCAAACUUCAACACCCCAGAAGGCCCCUGUUUCAC